UUUAAAAAAUGCAACCACAAUGACCAUAUACAAAAUCUAACAAUUGUCUCAGAAUUCCAUCUCUUGGGAAUCUCAGAUGAUCCAGACCUCCAGCCAAUCCUCUCUGGAUUAUUCUUGUCCAUGUACCUAGUCACAGUGCUUGGGAACCUGCUCAUCAUCCUGGCUGUCAUCUCUGAUUCUCACCUGCACACCCCUAUGUACUUCUUCCUCUGUAACCUAUCAGCAACUGACAUAUGUUUCAUUUCUACCAUGGUCCCAAAGGUGAUUAUAAAUAUUGAAACUCACAGCACAGUCAUCUCCUAUGUGGGCUGCCUGGCACAGAUGUCUCUUUUUAUCAUUUUUGGAUGUAUGGAUGAUAUGCUUCUGACAGUGGUGGCCUAUGACCAGUUUUUGGCAAUCUGUUACCCACUGCAUUACUCAGUCAUCAUGAACCCUCACCUAUGUGUCUUGUUGGUGCUUUUGUCUUUUUUUAUUAGCCUUUUGGACUCACUUCUGCACAAUUUUAUUCCCUUACAAUUUCCCUACUUCAAGGAUGUGGAAAUUUCCAAUUUCUUCUGUGACCCUUCUCAAGUCCUUAAUCUUGCAUGUUCAGAUGCUUUUACGAACAAAGUAGUUAUUGGCUUUGUUGUUAUUAUCUCUGGAUUUCUUCCUAUCUCAGGGAUCUUUAUUUCCUACUAUAAAACAGUUUCCUCAAUUUUGAUAAUCCCAUCAUCAGUUGGGAAGUGUAACACUUUUACCACAUGUGGGUCUCAUCUGUCAAUUGUUUGUUUAUUUUAUGGAACAGGCUUUGGAGUGUACCUCAGUUCUGCUAUCUCACAUUCUCCCAGAAAUUGUGCACUGGCCUCAGUGAUAUCCACAGUAAUCACACCUAUGCUUAAUCCCUUCAUCUACAGCCUGAGGAACAGGGACAUCAAAAACACUCUAAGGCAUCUCCGUAUGUGUAGAAUUUAA